ACCACAAUCAUGGAUCUCUCGGCGAGCUCCUUGCUUCUUCUAUCCUGUCUCCUCGGCGUGGUUCUGGCCGUGGAUCUGGACGCGCUGGAUCCGGGCUACUACGUGGAUCCCAGUGCCACAUCAGAGGCGAUCGACUACAAGGAUCCCUGUAAAGCUGUUGCCUUUCUGGGAGACAUUGCUUUGGAUGAAGAGGACCUGAAAUCCUUUAAAGUGGACAGAAUAAUAGAUUUGGCUCAGAGAACCGUCCAGACCUUCAACCACACAGAUCCAGGAUCUGCCGAUGGCAGCCGUGGAAACGGAUCAGGUUCACAGCGCAGAAAAAGAGCCGCCACCUCCAGACCUGAGCGCGUUUGGCCUGAAGGUGUUAUCCCCUAUGUCAUCAGUGGUAACUUCAGUGGCAGCCAGCGGGCGAUAUUCCGCCAAGCCAUGCGGCACUGGGAGAAGCACACCUGCGUGACCUUUAUAGAGAGGACCCAGGAGGAGAGCUACAUUGUCUUCACCUACCGUCCGUGCGGAUGCUGUUCCUACGUGGGUCGCCGCGGAGGGGGUCCCCAGGCCAUAUCCAUCGGCAAAAACUGUGACAAAUUUGGCAUUGUGGUGCACGAGCUGGGCCACGUGAUUGGCUUCUGGCACGAGCACACGAGACCCGAUCGAGACGAGCACGUCAGCAUCAUCAGGGACAACAUUCAGCCAGGACAGGAGUAUAACUUUUUGAAGAUGGAGCCGGGGGAGGUGGACUCUCUGGGAGAAGUCUACGACUUUGAUAGCAUCAUGCAUUACGCUAGAAACACAUUUUCCAGAGGCAUCUUCCUGGACACCAUCCUGCCACGUUACGACGUGAACGGAGUGCGACCACCCAUUGGCCAGAGAACCAGACUCAGCAAAGGGGAUAUUGCUCAGGCACGCAAACUCUACAAAUGCUCCAAAUGCGGGGACAGUCUGCAGGACAGCAACGGGAACUUCUCCUCUCCUGGCUUCCCAAACGGAUACUCGGCCUACAUGCACUGCAUCUGGAGAAUCUCAGUCACGCCCGGGGAAAAGAUCAUUUUGAACUUCACCUCCAUGGAUCUGUACAGGAGUCAUUUAUGUUGGUACGACCAUGUUGAGAUCAGAGAUGGAUACUGGAGGAAGGCACCUCUCAAAGGUCGUUUUUGCGGCGAUAAGCUGCCUGAGCCGAUCAUCUCCACCGACAGCCGGCUGUGGAUCGAGUUUCGCAGCAGCAGCAACUGGGUGGGGAAAGGUUUCUCCGCUGUUUACGAGGCCAUCUGUGGUGGUGAGGUGAAGAAGGACAACGGCCAGAUUCAGUCCCCCAACUACCCCGAUGACUACAGGCCCAACAAAGUGUGCAUAUGGAAGGUUUCUGUCAGUCAGGGCUUUCAUGUGGGACUGACAUUCCAGUCUUUUGAGAUUGAGCGACAUGACAGCUGUGCGUAUGACUACUUGGAGGUGCGCGACGGGCUCUCUGAAAACAGCCCUCUUCUGGGCCGCUUCUGCGGAUACGACAAGCCGGACGACAUUAAAACCAGCUCCAACCAUCUGUGGAUGAAAUUUGUUUCAGAUGGCUCUGUCAAUAAGGCAGGCUUCGCUGCCAAUUUCUUCAAAGAGACGGACGAGUGCUCCAAUCCGGACAACGGUCGCUGUGAGCAACGCUGUGUAAACACGCUGGGCAGCUACAAGUGCGCUUGUGACCCGGGCUAUGAGUUGGCUGCUGACAAGCGCAGCUGCGAGGCCGCCUGCGGAGGCUUCAUCACCAAACUGAACGGCUCCAUCACAAGUCCUGGGUGGCCCAGAGAGUACCCUCCAAACAAGAACUGCAUCUGGCAGCUGGUUGCCCCCACGCAGUACCGCAUCACUCUGCUCUUCGACGUCUUUGAGACUGAGGGCAAUGAUGUGUGUAAGUACGACUAUGUGGAGGUGCGCAGCGGGCUCUCAGCCGACUCACGGCUGCACGGGAAGUUCUGUGGAGCGGAGAAACCAGAGGCGAUCACUUCCCAGUACAACAACAUGCGUAUUGAGUUCAAAUCGGACAACACUGUGUCCAAAAAGGGAUUCAAAGCGCAGUUCUUCUCAGACAAAGACGAGUGCUCGAAGGAGAAUGGCGGCUGUCAGCACGAGUGUGUCAACACCUUUGGGAGCUACAGCUGUCAGUGUCGGAGUGGUUUUGUGCUGCACGAAAAUAAGCACGACUGUAAAGAAGCGGGCUGUGACCAUACUGUGAAUAGUGUGAACGGUGUCAUUACCAGUCCUAACUGGCCAGAUAAAUACCCCAGUAAGAAAGCAUGCAGCUGGGCUCUCACCACCACUCCGGGCCACCGCAUCAAAAUCGCCUUCAAUGAGAUCGACAUGGAGGCACAUCUUGAAUGCGCUUAUGACCACAUAGAGAUUUACGACGGUCGUGAUGGAAAGGCGUCCACCUUGGGUCGCUUCUGUGGCUCCAAGAAACCCCCGCCUAUCAUAUCCAGCGGCAACAAGCUGUUCAUUCGAUUUUUCUCUGACAACUCUGUACAGAAAAAGGGCUUCGAGGCUUCGCAUUCUGCUGAGUGUGGAGGUCAACUAAAGGCUGAAGUCAAAACCAAGGACCUGUUCUCCCACGCCCAGUUCGGGGACAAUAACUAUCCCGGAGCGUCUGACUGUCAGUGGGUGAUUUCAGCAGAGAAAGGCUACGGGGUGGAGCUCAUCUUCCAGACCUUUGAGAUCGAAGAGGAGGCAGACUGUGGCUACGACUACAUGGAGCUUUUUGACGGGGCCGACACGAAGUCUCCACGACUUGGACGUUACUGUGGCUCAGGGCCUCCAGAGGAGAUCUACUCAGCCGGUGACUCCAUUGUGAUCAAGUUCCACUCAGACGACACCAUCAACAAAAAAGGCUUUCAUGUCCGCUACACCAGCACCAAGUUUCAGGACACACUGCACUCUCGCAAGUGACUAGCAAAGGCCAGAAGGGGCCCCGUAGGGGACAGGGGCCACCAUGGGAGGGGCCACCAUGGGAGGAGACACCUGCCUCACGCUCGGAAACCUUCAGCCACCAAGAUGAAUUAGACAUGACAGAAUAACCGCAAAACCACCAAUCGCACCUCAGCUCCCAGGGGCUCCAGCUUCCCCCACAGACUGUGAGGAGUAAAGCCAUUCUGCAGUACACCUUGUUUUUUUUUUUUACCUUUUUAUGGUUAGGAUUGGGGUGGGAAGAUGAUUGUCCACUUUAGUCAGACAGUGUGGGGAAUGUAUUGACCCAGACCCCUUCAAAUGUUUUCUUCUUUUUUUUUUUAAACGUUCCUUCUGAUGAGAGGCAAAAAGAAAAGCAGUGGAUUCUCAGGACCUGUAGGAAGGCAGGCAUCAGCUGGACCCCUGCUUUUGUCGGGCCAGCCCAGCACAUCCAGGGGGAGGAGAGGAAGAGGAGGAAGAGGAUAGAAACAUCUCCUGUGCUCCUCACUAAUUCUCCUCCUCUCCUCAAACUCUCAUCCCUACGGUUCAAGGAUUUCUAUUUGUAAGAGGACUCAACUUGAGAUUUUGAUACUGUAUGUCAGUCAGUUGCAUGUAAUUACAAGGAAAGAAGGAAAACUGUACAGUAACAACACCAGCAUUUGUAAUUGGCAUUGUCCUGGCAACCAGUGGCAAGAAUCUCACUGUUACCAUUAACAAGGAAAUUAAGGAAGCGGUUAUCUUAUUAAAGAACUACACAAAGAAA